UGGGAGUGGCGCUUGUGGAGCGUUGCACAACAUUGUAUAAUCUUUUUCACAGCAGACGCAGGGAAAAACAGACAUUUGUCGAAGGCGUAAAAUGGAGCCAUCAACGUCAGUCAAUCAAUCUGGGAAUCAGGAAAGUGGGACUCAAUAUCCAUCCACCACACCAAAACUCUUAAGAUAUUUCAUUUGUAUGAACAGUGUGGAUUCUAAAAGAAUUGCUAUCAGAAUACUAAACGACGUCCCGAAACUGUUUAUCGGAGCAAGUUGCUCACAUCGGAAAGGUGCCGGAGCACUUGUUUAUAAAAGUGUGGAAAAUGGUUGCAUUGUGGAGUUCGGAACUGAGCAACGAUUUGUGGAAGGUGGAAAUAGUUUCAAGUUGGCUUUUGAUGAUUUGGAGGAAGUUAUCAGAUUUUUCAAAUAUUCACUGGAAUCUUUGGAGGUUUUACUCGAUGAAAAAGUUGGCAUGGAAAACCGCAAUUUGUGCAUUUCAUCUAUUCUGGGUGGUUUAUCGAUGCACGUAUCUAGCUUGUCACUUCGUGGCUUGUCUUCCAAAGAAAUGAUGUUAAUAAUAUCGAAAUGUGAAUCUGGAGUACUGGAAAGUAUUCACUUGGGAAACUGUAAUAUGCUUUGUUCAUUAAAUGAAAUUUGCCAACUGGAACAAUGGAAAAUGACAAAGUCACUCAAUGCUCAUGGAGGGAAAUUUUCUGUGGAUUCUAUACAACACUUGUUUCAUUUCACAGAGUUUACUAUCACUCUAGAUACAUUAUCCACAGAAGACGCCAUCAAUGUUAGAGAUGUGCUCGUCAAAUCGUCCAAUUUUUUGCACUGUUACAUCCAUCUCCCAUUCUUAAACAUUCAAGAAAUCGCUACAAUUUUCAAACCUGACUUUUCCAAUCACUCUGCUGAAACAUUCACAAUGACACUUAAGGAAACAGUUAAUGAAUUUAUUAUUGACAUGAGUCCCUACCACUUCAAGAUUACCAAUAUACUUCAUUCCUUUUAAUCGGUUGUCAUUCAAUUUGAUCUUGCAUAUUUUCGAUAAAUUUCUGGAUUUUUAAUGAAAUUUUUAAUGAAAUUUUUUAGUACAAA